AUGGGGGAAAUGGAGCAUUAUGGUAUCACAGCAUUAGGGUCAAGUAGCAGUGAGGAAGAUCAAGAUGACCUGAAGAACUACGAAGAAUCUGUAGCAGCUAUGCGAAAGCGCCUAAACGAGCAGAGAAAAGAAAUUCAGACAAGAAGCAGUGGUAUAAAAAGCACGGUAUGCAUAUAUAGAGUUCCUCCCAGCCUCAGUGGAAUCAGUCCUACUCAAGAAACCAUUGAGCCUGAAAUGGUUUCCAUUGGACCUUACCACCGCGGCAAGGACGAGUUACUCGAAUUUGAAAGUUACAAAUUGCAGUUUCUUAAUUUGCUCCUUUGUCGAGAAACGAACGGAAGAAGGCAUGAUCUGCUGCCAGAAUACUAUAAAGCCAUGAAAAAGUUGGAGGAGAGCACGAGAAGCCGCUAUUCUGAGUCGAUCCCCAUGUCAAGCCCUGACUUUGUUGAAAUGAUGGUGCUUGAUGGGUGCUUUAUCAUUGAGCUUUUUCAACGUAUGAGUGCGGAUGAAGAUGAUCACCCCAUCUUAACAAGGCCAUGGUUGAUUCCAAUUCUUACUAGAGACCUCCUCAAGCUUCAAAACCAACUCCCUUUCUUUGUCCUUGAAAAGCUUUUCGAGAUCUCCAACUUCAGAACUGAACAUUCUCUAACCUUGCUUGCGCUUGAGUUCUUCAACCAUACAUUGCCUAGGCCUAGCGAAGUCCUUAAGAGGACAAGCAACCUUAGGGGGGCCAAGCACUUGCUUGACUUGUUUCACUUAAGCUUUCUUCCCCCAUUUUCAAAUGAACCUCCACGGAAGAAGUCAAUAUUUCAACGUACAUCAGAUGUACUAUGCGAAGCUACCCUCAAGACAUUGAUUUGGUUGUGUAUGUUAUUCAUUUCCUCAACUCCACAUGAUGAUCAUGACGCUGAUCAAAAUUACCGUCCAUCCUCGGAGUCAAUCCAAUGUACCACACAACUAAGACCCUCCGGGAUCAAGUUUAGGCCACGCAAAGCUGCCGAGAGCUUCUUAGAUAUUAAUUUCCGAAAUGGGGUUCUUCAAAUCCCACCUAUAACCAUCAAUGACCUCACCAUUGCUGUCUUUAUCAAUUGCAUGGCCUUUGAACGGUGCCACCAAUACACAUCUCAGCUCUUCACCACUUAUAUUGCCUUCAUGAGCUGUCUCAUCAAUUCGACUAGGGACGUCACGCUCCUUUGUGCAGAUGGGAUAAUCACUGGCUUCUCGCAGAAUGAUCAGAACGUAGCUGAGCUGUUCACAAAGUUAGGGGAGAAAGUUGUGUUCGACAUUAGAAAAUGCUACCUCUCCACUCAAUUCAGAGAUGUGGAAGCCUAUUACAGCAGCCAUUGGGCUACCUUUAUGCGAACCUAUUUUAGCAAGCCAUGGUCGUUCAUCUCUGUUUUCUCUGCCUUCAUCCUUCUUGUCCUCACUGGGGCCCAAACUGCUAUGGCUAUCUUGUGCUACAUCAACAAAAGAUGA